AUGUCUGCGCUGCCGCCUCGCCGCUCGGCUCGGCUUGCUAAGAGCAAUACCGGGCCCGAGUUGCUCAUCGAGCCGGAGCUCACAAAAGAAAUUGGUCGUGCUGAGCCCGCCACCAGCGCAACUCCCAAGAAGAGAAUCCCCGUUGCGUCGCCUGCCACGCCUGCGACCUAUGCUUUGAAGCCCCCUAGCACCGAGAUGCACCCCAGCAAAUUCCACGCGACUACCGCAGAGCCCUCAUCCGCCCUCAGGCUGGGUUUCACAGAUAUCACCGCUGCUAGGAAGCGCGACAGCUCUCAUGGAGCUGGACUUCAAUCUACCCCCACCAAGGUUGGCGGUGUGCCAUCUUCCGCAUUCACUCUCCGUGUGCCCCAUGGGGGUGAUUAUCUGGGACUAGGGCCCGAAGCCCUGCGCGUCUUGGAGGGCCUCAAAGAGAAGGCUGCCGAGUACAAGGCCGACAUCGUUGCUCAACGGGCAAACGAGUCGACAUCUGCAUCAACCGACGCCAAGAGCCGCACAAUUGCUACGCCCAAAGGCAAAUCUGGAAGAUUUAGCGCGGCCCAUAUGGCGGAGUUCAAGAAAAUGGAUUCGAUUGAGGGACAUGCGUCCGCUUGGAGAGCACAAAAUGGAAGGUUCCAGCCUGUUAUCACACCAGGCGUGAAACGAUCACUGUCCAAGGCCAACCUCGACACUACGCAGACUGGCUUGAAGCGAACACCUUCAAAACUGGAAGCGGGAUCACAGUCCUCCGUCACAAGGAAGUUUGCAUCAGCAACGAAAAGCGCCAGCCAGCUCCCUUCCAAGAAGUUAGACUUCAAGGCUCGCGCUAGCGAAGAACAAAGCUCUGCCAAGGACGAGCAGCAUUCGCUUUCCUCCAAGAGAUUCAAGAAGAAUGCGGCAGAUGAUGCUUCGACAACCCGGCCGAUGGCACAAGAAAGCAUUUCAGUUUCUCGCCCAGCAUCUAGCGUCAAGAGGCCCGCUGCAUCCAGAAUCGCCCGACCCAGUCUUUCUCGCCUGAUGAGCCCAACCAAAUCAUCACUGGCGAAUGCGAUCAGCCCCAGAAAGUCUGAGAUGCCUGUUGCUGCAUUGUCACCAAAGCCAACAUUCAAGAGCCGAUUGGAGGCGCUCAAGGAAUCAAGGGGGCUCAAGCAGUCAACUGAAUCUAAGGAAUCAACUGAAUCCAAGGAGUUUAAGGGGCUUCAGGAAGUAGAGAAGCCCAAAGAAUUAAAGACGCUUGACGAAAUCAAGGCCCUCAAAGAGUCAAAAAUAACCGACGACACUGUCCCGAGUCAGCCUGACACGCCUCUGAGGCGAUCGGUGAUGAAGUCGGUAUUUGGAAGCAGCCUAUUUACGCCUAGAAGGCAGAGUGCCAUUCCACAGCCGGUCGUCACACCACCCCGAUUCUCCAAUUUGAAUGUCCAUCGUCUUGCUGCCACUCAACCCGUGAAGAAGGUGGUUAAGCAUGUGACGUUUACACCAGAAGUUACACGAACCAUUUUCGACCCGGAUUCUCUGACGCUUUACAAAACAAGUGCUAUUAAGAAGAUCUUAACACGUUCCGAAGCGAAGGAAGCCUUGGCAGAACAAGGUUCGGGAAGUAUUGCUUAUCCCGAUUUGUCCGCCUACAAAGAUCUCUUGGACGCGGAACCUGAGAGCGCAAAGUCUCCUACUCCUACUCCUUCAGUACCUGGUAAAUUCACCUUCCGAAGCGACCACACAAUCAAAUUUGGACAUCCAUCACCUAUUGGCUUUGGGGCCUCUCCUGGCCAGUCGAGCGUACGCCAAGUGCGUACUUCUAUCAAGCCCAUAUCGGAUAUGCCUGGCAGCUUUCCCGACCCAGUCUCGCCGAGCUCUCACCCGGAUAAAGAGAAUGCGGCGCCCUCGUCGCCAAAGGUACUUUUAGGCGUUCCACAUGGAAUGUCUAACAAGAAACGACAUCGUGCCGGCUCGGUCGAUGAAGACACUGAUAAGGAGGCUGCCGAUCGUGCUGGAAAGAAGGCCAAGAGUAGCCAUGUUCCGGAGGGCCAAGCUUUGUUAGCUCCUCGUUUGGCUUCAACUCCUUCUGUUAGUGCGAAGAAGCCUACGAUGACUCGAAGCGUUGGCAAGACUCCCGUCCGUCCCAUUCACCGAGCCGUUCACUCGGUAUCGCCCUCCAGGAAACGACCAACAUUGAGUAUGAGUCGCCUCAACAUGCUUGCCCAGCCUAAAAAUCGUGGUUAG